GGAGAAUUUUGCGCGACUUGUUGAAGAGCACGAUUGACCUGACCAAUUGAAAGUUGUAAAUCACACGACUUCACGUGAAAAAAAGGUGGAAUCGGAAAGCUUCAGCUGUUGCCACCGAUACAGAAGUGUUGAAAUAGUGAGUCAGAUAACUUAAACGAUUUAAUGUGUCUUCCAUAUUCUGAUAAAAGUGGUUGGAGUAGAAUGUGAAUACAAGUUUCGCACUCUUAAUAUUUUGUAAAUACCAUUAGGAGAACAAAUUGCUUACUCUAUGCCAGAUUUAGUUUUGUACAGUGAAGUUAAAGCUAUACGCAAUCAAUACAGAAUGGAUAAAUUUGCUGUUUAGUUCUAAAUAUGAACCAAUUCUUUACGAAGUGCUAAUUACGAAAAAGUGUGUUGAACUGCUUGUAUAACCUCAAAAGGAUUACCUCAUUUUCAGUUCAGCAAGUUCUUAUGUUUCAAAUUAUAAGAAAAAUGCAGUUCUACGUAGCAACAGUAUUCAUAUUUUUAUCAGCCCUUGUAAUGGCAGUCGAAAGCAGAGAAGCUUGCGAGAAGAAACUGCACAACUGUACUGGGAUGAUGCAGCCCGUACUGAACGAAGUCCGCUACAUGUUCCCGAUCACUCAACUCGAGAUAGAAGGAAUGUGCAAGGUUUGGAGUUACAUCAUGGACUGCGUUCGCAAGUACGUCACGGACUGCUCUUCGGAGGAACAGAGGACGAAGUUCAACGAAGCAGUGAGCAACUCCAUCGAUUCGGUCCACGCCAUCUGCAGCUCAGAGAGAUACAGAAGAGACUAUCUAGAGUACGCAUCUUGUUUCAGACAAGUAUCCAUGGAAAGCUGCGGUCAUCAUUUUAAGAAAAUGGUGGACAGUGCAUACAAUCCACAUUCUUUAGAGAUACAUAUAUGUUGCGCUUACAGGCAGUACGAAAAGUGCGUGUCCGAUCCUAUUCAGAGGCUGUGUGGCCCCCAGGCCCUGCACAUCCUAGAUGACUCGAUGUCUUCCUUGAAAUCCAGAUGUGAAGCCGUCUCGAAGUCAUUAAAACCCGCAGACAAAAUAUGCCCAGCAGAAACGGCGGCUCAGGAGACCCAAGAAUACCAGCAGCCUAGGCCAGCACUGCGACACGUGGAGCAGACGUACAGCCCUCCUUCCACCUCUGGAUACGUUCUGAACACUCGGCCCAUCCCAUAUACCACGCCGGCCUGGACGCCUAGGACAGUCAUUUAUCCUUUACCGGUGACGCGUCACAGUAGCCGGAUUUCCAGGAGUGACGGCUGGACAGCGAGCGGAUCUCUUCAUCGUAUUUUUGCACUCGCCAUAAUUGUGUUCAUUUUAUAACUGCAUGAAUGACAGGAAAUGGGAACAAACUUUGAAAUCCUGAAGUCGUUCGAGAUGAUUAAUGAACUGAUUAGCUGUUAGUGGAGUGUUUAAAAAUAUAAAAUUUGAAAAUCAAGGUAUCACAUUUUGAAAAUUAUAUAAGAAAAAAAGUUACAGAAAAUGGUCACUAAGAAUUACAAACUUUAAAUAUAUUCCUUCCUUCCUUCAUCUUCAUCAAUAAUUCUCCAAGGAUAACACGUUAUAGAUGUGACAAUGACAAUUUGUAGUUAUUUAUCAAAUUAAAAUCAUGUGAUUUAAGCUAUAAAAAAAGAUUUCAAAGGCAUAAAAAAAUGGAUUAAAAUCAUUUUUUGUUUUUCUUUUUACCAUAGUAGAACAAUGAAAUAACCUAACGUUUUGGGGUACAAGACGGAAAAAAGUAAACUUAAGAUUCUAAAAUCUGCGAAAAAUGGAAAUCUAGAUUCUAUAGAUAAAAUGUGAGGGUCUCAAGACGCGGCUUUCUUUAAAUUAUGAAUCGUAUGUAUUGCUUAUUGUAAAUUAUACAUUAACUCUUCCUUGAAACAGGCGGACUGAGAAUGUCAAAUAUUUGGUAAGAAUUUCAGUAUUAGCUAGUAUAUUUCGUUUACAAAAUGACGAAAAAUCCAGAAGUGAGUUCGUCUAUCAGAACCGUAAAAUGUGUGCAUGGUUGACAUACAAGACAGGAAAAGAAAAGGAUUCCCAAGACGAUGAAACCAUGCUAAUUAUGCUUCCAUUACCAUUUCCUCGCGAGUGAACUGGGGACAGCUUGCUAUAUUUACAUUUCUCUACAAAACCGUUCUCACGAUUCAAUAAGGCGCUGUAUCCGAAGAUCAGAAAACAGCUUGUUCUAAAUUCUGUGUACUAACUGUAUGAUUAUAAAAAUGGUUAAGUCUACUCCAUUCAUAAUACUAUAUUGUCUCGUUCUAGGAAGCACGGAUCUUAGACAUUUGUUUGUACUCAUUUAAGAGAGUCUAUUAGACAUGACUCACUCCGAGUUGGACUAUUAAAGAGACAAAGUAGGCAAUUUUUUAGACUUCAAGAUUUUGCUUUUUUUGUGUGUGUGUGUUAAUUUUGAAGUACAGUUUUGUACUUU